AUGUACUCGUUCUCCACCAAGGUCCUAAGUGGCAACUCGCCAGACGUCAGCACCAACCGACGUGUCGCUGGCAGACUCAACAAGGGCUUCCAACCCAAGACUGGCAACACCAAACUCGUGGUCAAGACCCUCAAGCCUCAGCCAGUAUGGGAUGCGAACAAGUACUUUGAGGAUACAUGGGCACAGCUGGACCGUGCUCUGCAUGUCAUCUUUACUGGAGCAAAGGUGGACUUUUCAAUGGAAGAGCUUUACCGUGGGGCCGAGAACUUGUGCCGUCAGAAGAAAGCAGACGCUCUAUAUGCUAGGCUGAGCAGUAGGUGCAAGCAGUACGUGAGGGGACCUAUGAAGACAGCGUUACUGUCCCAGCAGGGCCAGUCCAACCUUCAAGUUUUGGAAGACGUGGUCAAGACCUGGACUCUAUGGAAAGACGAUCAGAUGCGCACUAUUCACAACAUCUUCUAUUACCUGGACCGUUCGUAUCUUUUACAAACAUCCAGAGGCUCUCUUAUGGACGUUGCCAUCAGGAUUUUCCGCGAAAGCAUCUUCGAGGACCCCACUUUAAAGCCUGGCAUCAUUGAUGGCGCAUGCGAUUUGAUUGCUGCUGACAGAUCCGGGGAUAAUCUGAAGAAGAACCAGCUGAGUCAAGCUAUCUCUAUGUUUCACGACCUCGGCACUUAUUCCACCUCGUUCGAACCACGCAUGCUCGCCUACACUCAGCAAUAUGCUAUCCAAUGGGCCGAAGAGAAGAGUGCAGGGAGUACCCUUCCAGUAUAUGUCAACGAUGCUGUCGGCUUCAUGAGCAAGGAGACUGAGCGAUGUGAACUGUUCGGCCUCGAUCAAAGCACAAAACGAGACCUCGUGGCCCUGCUCGAGGAACACAUUAUUGUGAACAAGGUGGACUACCUGACAAAUCAGGAUAGCGUGGCUGAUCUGCUAGACGACUAUGCUGUCAAGGAUCUCGAACAACUUCACGCACUGCUACAAAGACGACGACUUGGUUCGAAGAUUCGUCCUGCUUUCGUACGUUGGGUUGACGAUACCGGUACACAGAUUGUGUUUGACGAUAAAAACGAAGCACAAAUGGUUGUUCGUUUGUUAUCGCUCAAAACUCGCCUGGACAACAUCUGGCGUACUUCCUUCCACCGUGAUGAGGAUCUUGGUCAUGCUUUGCGCGAGGCCUUUGAGACUUUUAUCAACAAGACGAAGAAGGCUGCUGCGACACAUGGUACAGACAACUCCAAGACUGGUGAGAUGAUUGCCAAGUACGUUGACAACCUCCUACGAAACGGCGCCAAAGCUAUCCCCACAGAUCUGACGAUACAUGCUCGCGACAAUGCUGGGAAUGACGAGGAUGAGGACAAUGAAGUCAUGGAUGAGGAUAGCGAGGUCAAUGCUCAACUCGACCAAGUUCUGGACCUCUUCAGAUUUGUUCACGGCAAGGCAGUGUUCGAAGCUUUCUACAAGAAGGAUCUUGCUCGUCGUCUACUCAUGAGUCGAUCAGCAAGUGCAGAUGCUGAGCGCAGUAUGCUCGCACGACUGAAGACCGAAUGUGGUGCAGAGUUUACUCACAAUCUGGAGCAAAUGUUCAAGGAUGUCGAAUUAGCUCGCGAGGAGAUGUCAUCCUACAAGUCUCGAUUGGAGGAGCGCGAUGAGAAAUCCAAGAUUGAUCUCAACGUGAAUGUCUUGUCUGCAGCAGCUUGGCCGACCUACCCUGAUGUUCCAGUCAUCAUUCCCGCAGACAUCAAGAAGGCUAUUGACGAGUAUGAGCGACACUACAAAUCGAAGCACAGUGGCAGAAAGCUUGACUGGAAACACUCCCUCGCUCACUGUCAGAUGAAAGCCAAGUUCGCCAAAGGCACAAAGGAGCUGGUAGUCUCAUCCUUUCAAGCCAUCAUUCUCUUACUCUUCAACAACAUUGACGCAUCCGAACAUCUCACCUACGACUUUAUCAAGACAGAAUCAGGAUUACCCGAAGCAGAAGUCGUCCGAACCCUUCAAUCUCUCGCAUGCGCCAAACUCCGCCCCCUCAUCAAGCACCCUAAAGGUCGCGAAAUCGCACACACAGACACAUUCACGUACGACCCAAACUUUCGGAAUGACAAGUACCGUGUCAAGAUCAAUCAGGUUCAACUCAAAGAGACCAAGGAAGAAAACAAGGAAACUCACGAACGUGUUGCCGCAGACAGAAACUUUGAAUGUCAGGCUGCUGUGGUUAGAGUGAUGAAGUCCAGGAAGACCAUUGGACACAGCGAGUUGAUCGCAGAGGUCAUUCAAGCUACAAGGAGUAGAGGUGUGCUUGACGUCAAGGAUAUCAAGAAGAACAUUGAUAGACUUAUUGAAAAGGACUACAUGGAGCGAGAGGAGGGCAACAUGUACAACUACGUUGCGUAG